CUAGUUCAUAGUGCUCCCCUCCCUUCUUCGACCAAGAAACCCGAAUAAACAACAUUGUUUCUUCAGAAGACGUCACUCCUUACGUUUUCUUGCUACCCCUUUUAUUGUUCACAAACACGAAUCGAUGCCGCAUCGCAACCCGAUGCACGCCACGACCUGUUGUUGAUGAGCUCGACCCCUGCUAAACACCUGCUCCAUGGCUAUGAUACUGUUACAACAUGCCUGAGAAUUGCAACUACGAUCCUGUAGUACAAUCUUGGCGUAGUCUGGAACUGAGUAAAAGAGAUUCCAUUCCAUUGCCCCGAGCGGAACGGAUUGUCGACGAGCACCCGACACCAUGGAGCGACCCGCCGCACACCUCGAGAGGGCAUUGCUAGAAUGGGUCAAUACUUGCAAUAUGCCUCACCGGGUCAGCAAGUGGAAAGAAUUCGAAGAUGGACAGCUACUAUGGAGCAUCUUGGUCGAUAUCGACCCAGAAUGGUUCAGUGGAGACUUGCCCGAAGGUUCGCCUGAGACGACUUCAAAUUGGAUCCCAAGAUGGCAAAAUCUCAAGCAUAUCGACCGAUUGAUCAGAUCAUACCUCACAGAGAAGUUGAACAAACUCCCGAACUAUAGUAAAAAUGUUACACCGGACCUGAAAGCUAUCGCAGAUGGCGGCGCCCCUCCACAUACCAUGCAAAUGCUGAAGGUGGUGGUAUACAUGGCUGUAAUAUCUCCAGUCUCGGUCCAACGACAACUUGCGCAGUUUGAGAAACUAGACAAGAAUUCAAGCAGCAGUCUGAUCGAUAUGAUCAAAGAUAUGGACGAAAGUGAUACUAAGUUGGCUGUUUCAGGGGCAGAUAGAGAUGCCACUUCCGACAUAGGUACACCAGCGUCACGACCAGCAUCGCGGAACGAACUGGGCGAUAAUCGCGAGCCGAUUGAGCGAGACCGUGAACUCGAAUAUGAAGAAAAUCUCAUCCAGGCGAAACGUCGUGCACGGGGUUUGGAGGAUCAGGUACAUAAUCUUGAACGAGAGCUUAUGGAGUCACGUACAUUAAUCGCGAACCUGGAGGAGCAAGUGAAUGACACACGAUUCUCCGUGGAACGUGAAAUCGAGGAGAAACGCGCGAAAGAAAGACUAGAACAGUUGAGCAGAAAGGAGAUGAGCGACCGGAAUCUAAUAGCCGACCUCGAAACAGAACUAAAUGAGGCAAGAGGCCAGUUAGAAAGCCAGAAGCGACAGAUCGACCGACUAAACAAGGACGCGGAGUCCAAGCAGGAACUCAGAGAUGAGAUUCAGAUGCUGAAAGUUGAGCGAGAUGAGUUAGGACAGAAAACCAAAGCCAAUGAAAAUUUGAAAAAGAAGAUUCAAUCCUUGCAGGACAUUGAAAGAAAAUACCAAUCAUUACUGCAAGAUUCAGAAGAAAGUCGGACGCGGUUGGAUGAGUUUGACAAGCUCCAGAAACGAUGUGAUGGCUUGUCCCAGGCAAAUAACGAGAACGGCCGCAUGAUUCAGAAUUUGGAACAGCAACUACUUACAUCCGAGGAAAGACGGAGAAUAUUACAACAGGAAAAGAGAUUUUGGGACCAAGAAACAGAGGAGAAGAAAGAGCUAUAUCAACGCCAAGUGGAGGAGAACGAGGAACUAAAAGCUCAGAUCCGUGACAUGCAUGCAGGGGCCGCUACCCAACCCCUGUCUUCUAAUCUGGACGAUGAAUUGGCCGGUCAUGACGAUUCGGAAGUACAGCCAGACACAGGCAAAGUCGACCUUAGCGAUGAGGAUAGUCCAGGAAUAUUCGUCUUGAAGCAAAAAUUGCAACAGGCUGAGGAGCAAAAUGAAAGACUAAAGGAGCGUUGGCUCAAGAGUGUGGAAGACAACCAGGGACUUCUCAAUACUAUAGAAAAGCAAAAGGAUGUAGAGAACUCUGAUCCAUAUGUCAAGCAACGGAAUCAAUUGUUAUCAGUAGAAGGACAGCUUGAGUCACUACGAUCAGACCAAAUGGCUGCUGGGGUCGAAAAUGCAGAGCUUCGUGACAAGCUUUCGAAGAACAUUGGUGCCGAUGCAACAGGCGAAGCUCUCGAUGCUGCCACUCAAGAAAGAUUUGAUGCUGUACAGUGCAAUCUAGACAAGACAAUCGAGGAAUACAAAGCAGUCAAACAACAUUAUGAUAGCGCCGUUGCAGAUUUGCAUGACACCAAAGGAUUGCUACACGCGGUCAUUGCUCUCAAGGCUGAUGAUGAAAGCCUGACCGAGUCGGAAAUAGCCCGCAUUCUCGGGGAUGAACUAGAAGCGAUAGAUUCUGCCUCUAAAGAAGAGAGGAAAAUACUACGACAGGGCUUUGUGAAUAAGGUAGCGUCACAGCUGCAGGGUAGUCGGGAGAGAGUUGAAAAGGUUAACAAGCGACUCGAAGAAGCAAGUACGUCAUGGGAUACCAUGAAGAAAGAGCUGGAGCAAGCAAAGAAAGACAACGGAGUGAAGUCCAGCGACGCCGCACGGCAAGAGCUCGAGAAUCUCCAGCGCGAGAACAAGCUCAUGACCAGUGCUUGGUACAGCAUCACCACACGCUUGCAAAGCAACACAGUGGUCUUGGCACGACGUACGGAGGCCCCCAAAAGCUGGAUCCGAAGACAGCAAGCUGUUGUAGGCGGUGUGCAUACGCCGCGGCGGUAGUGUGCAUAUACAAGUGUUCUAUGGUUGAUAUACGUACUCUUUCUACGUUCGUGUUGCUGCUGCGUGGUGGUCGGAUAUGCGGCAUUAGUUUUAUACCCUUUUCUUCUUUCUUAGACGGUGACGACGACAUUGAAGAGAGCAAUGGAUGGGCGCGCGGCAAGACAUCCUUGGCAGGGGCGUGUGUAUAUAUUGGUAAAGAAUAAUGAACGAGGAAGUGUGAUGUGCGUCCGAUCUCGGGCAUAUACAGCUGUUCCUACAAUUGUU